GUCAAACCAGCUGAGAUAGUGAAAACAUCUUAUGUUUAGAUGCUGUUUUUGAUUUUAUGGAAUUUCUUUCGGAUUUGAGGGAGCCGCCUGGUAUUAAUAUGAAUCCAGAAUCUGAUUUCGAACCAGAUAAUAAGCCUUCCAUAAAAUCGGAAGAAACUUAUCCUGACUAUGUAGCAGAUUAUGAUAGCAAUCUCGGAGAGUUUCAAAGUGUCAAAGAUGAACACUGGGAUGGAGUUAACCAGGUGAAAACAGAGAAUCAGUUAGUAGUUGAGGUUAAAUCCGAAAAGCCGGACGCAGAACCAUAUGUGGACAACAUGAAGUUUGAAAACGUGGACGUUUUGACGCUGAAUGACGACAUCAAAUAUGAAUAUGAUAAAGAUGCCAUUUCUGAUUUAACAUGCGAUAGGAUUAAAAUUGAAGAGAAAUUCUUGCCUGGGAUUGAAGCUGACUGGACAGCAGGUACUGCCGACCAGAUGGAAAUGGGGUUUCAAAGCUUUGAAAAAGCGGAAGAUGGACCACGUCUGAAUUAUGAAAAUACGGAUAAAUUAAAGCUGCAUCAGGAAUUUGACAUUAAAACUGAGGGUGACCAAAAUGACGGACAUGAUUCAGCGUCCCAUAGUAUUAAAAUUGAAGAGAAAUCAUUGCCUGGGAUUGAAGCUGACUGGACAGCAGAUACUGUCGACCAGAUGGAAAUGGGGUUUCAAAACUUUGAAAAACUGGAAAAAAAAACACCUCUGAAUUAUGAAAAUACGGACGCAUUAGAGCUGCAUCAGGAAUUUGGCAUUAAAACUGAGCGUGACCAAAAUGACGGACACGAUUCAGAGUCGGAUAGUGCACAAAUAAGGAAAAAUUUCAAAAGGAACCACAAAUUUUUCAACAUCCAUGUCAAAAGACAUCCCAACUUUAGCAGAACAGUUUCUAGUAAGAAAUACGAAUGUAUACAUUGCGAAUUCAUAACAACCGGAAGGAGUAGUUUUGCAAGGCACACCGCAAAUCAUAAUAGUGGAAAGCCCUUUGCGUGUAUAAACUGUAAUUCUGUAUUCAGAAGCAAAGUCUUAUUGGAUAAUCAUGUGAUUAGAAAGCAUGCUGAAUCUAUUGCAUCAGUUUCAUCUAAAAUUCUCGAAUGUAGAUUCUGUGAUUACAAAACCGUUGUUAAACGUUAUUUAAGCGAGCAUUUGUUAAUACACAAUGAUAACAAAGUUCCUGAUCUGCACAUCUGUAAUCAUUGUGAUGCGUCUUUUAAAGCAAAGGCGACGCUGCUUCACCAUACUUUAAAGAAACAUCCCGACUUUACCGGGACACUUUCUUUAAAGAUAUAUGAAUGUGUAAAUUGUGGAUACAAAACAAGCAGAAGGGAUAUUUUUAUAAAACACGUAUCAAAAUAUAGUCAAAAGCUCUUUGAGUGUAUAAACUGUGAUGCGGCAUUCAAAAGCAAAAUGUUACUAGAUAAUCAUGUGAUUAGAAAGCAUGCUGAAUCGAUUGCUUCAGUUUCAUCUAAAAUACACGAAUGCGGAUUCUGUGAUUACAAAACCGUUGUUAAACGUUAUUUAAGCGGGCAUUUGUUAAUACACAAUAAUAACAAAGUUCUUGAUCUGCACAUCUGCAAACAUUGUAAUGCGUCUUUUAAAGCAAAGAAGUCGCUGCUUGACCACAUUUUAAAGAAACAUCCCGACUUUAGCGGGACACUUUCUAAAAAGAUAUAUGAAUGUGUACAUUGCGAAUUCAAAACAACCAUAAGGGAUGCUUUCAUGAAGCACGUGGCAAAAUAUAGUGAAAAGCCCUUUCAGUGUAUAAACUGUGAUGCGGCAUUCAAAAGCAAAAUUUUACUAGAUAAUCAUGUGAUUAGGAAGCAUGUCGACUCCAUUGCAACAAUUUCAUCUGAAGUAUAUGGAUGCACAUCCUGUGAUUACAAAACGGCUCUUAAACAUUAUUUAACCAGGCAUAUGUUAACACAUACUAAUACAAGAGCUGAUUUGCACGUGUGCAAACAUUGCAAUAAGUCAUUUAAAGCGAAGCGGUGGUUCAUCAACCAUAUAGAGAAGAAACUUUGCCUGGACAGUAUCUAAUAAGAUAUGAACGAAUACAUUGUGCGUACAAAACGACCGGAAGAAGUAGGUUUCGAAGGCACAUGGCAAAUCAUGAUAGUCAAAAGCUCCUCAAAUGCAUGAGCUGUGAUGCGUUCACUGAAAACGUUCAGUAUUGAUGGCUGCCCAACAAAUACUAAACAACGUGGCGUCUUCAAACUUGACACAUAUGCUUUAUAGGUUGCAUACAUUCUAAUGCAAUGAUAUUUUUCAUAUCGCCAUCUCUAGGUCAGGCCGGUUACUCAUCGAAUCUCGACAAUUCCUAAAAGAUCGCUGACACAUCGCUCGUGGUUAGCGGGCAUCUCUUCGGAAAUGUUGUGCUUAGGCUUUUGAGGUAUACCCCGACAAAAAAAAAUCCAAUGGCAUGAGAUCUGGGCUUCGAGGAGUCCCUCGUCUCGAUAUUAGUUUUGCACUAAACAUUUUGUUUGCGACUGCUAAAGAUUCGUUGGGAUGUCGCGCCAUCUUGACGGUUGUGGAAAGAAAAAGUUACGUAGCAUUGCUGUGUAGCGAUUAGAAUUUUCUGUUACAGUCUGGCCGUUUUCGUUUUCGAAGAAAUAGGGUCCGAUGAUUCCUUCAGCCGACACGGUCGCCCAAACUGUAACAUAACGCGAAUGCAAAGGUCGUUGGUGUUUUAAUUUGGGAUUUUCUGCGGCCCAAUACCGAUAAUUUUGCCUGUUGACGAAUCCAUUCAAAUUCAUCAGAAAAGAGAAUAUUGUUCAACCUUUGAAAGCGCUCAAACAUUGUUUCGGCAAACGGACGGGUGCAAUUUAAGGUCUUUUACCAAAAUUUGUCUUACGGAUCUUCUUGAUGAGGCAAGCUCAGCUGACCUCUUUCGGGACGAUAACUGUGGAUCGCGCCGUAACUGCACUUACAGUUUCGUCUGUUCGUAAUGACCUUGGUUUCUCAUUCACUGUCGAAAUAGUAUACUCGAACUUUCUCUAAGACAUUGAUUUAGAUCAUACAAACUAAACUCGGAGCGAAUCAGUAAUAAGCCUUAACACAGAUCGCACGCUGCGCAACGGUGAAACGCUCCAAGGCGACUUAAUUUCCUAGCACCGAGCUACAUAUCCCCACUACCCGUGUCCCGCUCUCGCGUGCCUGGCACCGAGCAAUUCGUACGUCUUUCUGGUCCACCCUCUAUCGGCACGCAGAAUUGCUAGAGUUAAGCGUCCGUGUACAAAGUGUAAUGCGUUAUUCACUUGAAAACGGACACAAGAGUGACACACAUUUCACGUAAACAUCCUGAAUUUAUUUCUUUGGUGUCUAGCAGUAGCAGUGGGGAGUCUAAGUCUGGCAACCCCGUAAUACCAACAGUGUACUACCCGUUGUGCGCAAGUAGAUCGUAAUCGGACAAUCGUCAUCUACCAAUGAUUUUGUCAAAUUGAUUCUCAUUAUCAUCCUGUACGAUGAAGACGAUAGAGAGACCCUUACGCUCUCUAGCUUAUACCGCUCGGCGUUUUGCGCUGAGCAGAGCAGAGAUUUCUCACUGCAUCGUCACGGGCAAAGGGUCAAGUGGUCUAUCGUCUAACUCAACACCACAAUUACCUGCAGACGACUUGAACUUAAAAAAAAAAACAGUAAAAAUCCGUUUUAUAAAAAUCGGUUGUUAUUGACGAAUAUAUGAAAUUGUGUAUUUCCUAAAUUUAGUCUAAUGUUGUUUGCGAAUAAUGUGUUCUCAAUAAUUCAAAAUUAGCACGAUUUUUUAUACAUACUUAAAUGUUAACAUUAUUUAUAUGUAUUUAGUUCUUUUAUGUUCUAUGUUGUACUUAUUUGAAAUAAAC